CAAAUUAUAUCAAUAACAACAAAACACAUAUUCUAGAGCCAUGACACUUUCCAAAAACGUGUUUUCUUUUUUUUUCUUUUAAAUUUAUUAACUCCGAAAUGUAGUUUCAAUAAGCAAAUUUUGUUUUCAGUGCGUUGCCAGGGAAAUCCGUUAAGGGUUUUCGCAAUAACAAGAACGGUCACACCAUUCCAUCCGAAUUCGUCAACAAAACCUUAUCUCGGCAAUUCCGGCUAUAUAACCCGUAGAAUCGGGAGUACUAGCGCCGCAUGAGGGAGAUCCGACUGGCAGACUACAGCUGGCAUCUAAGCGAACCGGAAGCAGAGUUAUUAUGGGACCGCAGCAGCUGAAACGCGCCUUCCUAGGCUUCGACCUGAGCACCCAAAAGCUCAAAGCUAUCCUUGUAAACUCCAGCUUGGAGGUGCUGGCCUCGGCGGAAGUAAAAUUCGACAGCGAUUUGCCAGAGUUCCGGACCGUGGGCGGAGCCAACCCAGGACCCAACAAGAAUGAGUUCUUUGUGCAGCCCGUAAUGUGGGUAAAGGCCAUGGACAUUGUCCUGGACCGCUUAGUGAUGCAGGAGGCUGACCUGAGCACCGUAGCGGCAAUCAGUGGCUCUGGACAGCAGCACGGAUCCUUAUACUGGUCAAAGCACGGCAUUGCCUCACUACAGAACCUAGAUCCCGACAAGUUCCUCCAUUCACAAAUCGACGACUCGGCCUUUGUCGUGAACCGAACGCCCAUUUGGAUGGACGCGUCUACGACGAAACAAUGCGUGGAAAUGGAGACGGCCAUUGGAGGCCACCUCAGCAUGGUGGAGAUAACGGGUUCCAAGUGCUACGAACGCUUCACAGGACCUCAGAUCCGAAAGAUAUAUCAGCAGCGAACGCACGCCUACGAAGACGCCCAACGAAUCUCACUAGUCAGCAGCUUUCUGGCUUCGCUAUUUCUCGGCGCCGUGGCUCCCAUUGACUUCAGUGAUGGCUCCGGAAUGAAUCUGCUGGACAUUCGCGAGAAGAACUGGUCCAAGGCCUGCCUAAAUGCCUGUGCCCCUGAUCUGGACGAGCGGUUGGGUCAGGCUGCCAGUCCCAAUACGAUUGUGGGCACAAUUUCCGAGUACUUUGUAAAGCGAUUCAGUUUCCCUGCCGAUUGCAAAGUUGUUGCCUGCACGGGUGACAAUCCCUCGGCUCUAGCUGGCAUGCUGGUAGACAGCAAUUGGCUCAGCAUUUCUCUCGGUACCAGCGACACGCUGAUGAUGAGCAUGAAGGAGCCCCUUAACUGGGAGGAGGGCCACGUACUGUGUCAUCCAACCGAGACGAAGGAAUACAUGGGGCUCCUAUGUUUCAGAAAUGGCUCCCUGAUCCGGGAGGGAAUGAACAAGACGGAGGCCGGCGGUGAUUGGCAAAAAUUCAACGAACUUCUCGAAUCCACGCCACGUGGAAACUUUGGCAACAUGGCCGUUCAUUUUAAUGAAAUGGAGAUAAUUCCCAAGGCGAAGGGCACACUGCGAUGGAAUAAGGAUAGCGUGCCGAGCUCACCGGAUGCCGCCAAGGGCGUUAUCAAGUUCAGCUCGCCUCAAAUUGAAAUUCGUGCCUUAAUUGAGGGCCAGAUGUUGCACCAUCGCGCAGUUGCCGAAGACAUGGGCUUCCGAUUUGGCAACGAGACUCAAAUCCUUGCCACCGGCGGUGCAUCUGUUAACAAAUCAAUCCUGCAAACCAUUGCCGAUGUGUUCAAUGCCCCCGUCCAUAUUCAGACUGAAAGCGAGGCCGCCCUGAUGGGAGCUGCCUUUAGAGCCGCUUAUGCUAUCUACAGGCACGAACUGGAUGAGGAGACGACUCCGCUUAGUUAUAGGGACUACGUUCUAAGUCUGACGCCCAACAAACUGCAGCUCGUGUGCGAGCCACACAAGGACAGUGAGGACAUCUACGCUCCCAUGCUGCUGCGAUAUCGCGAUAUGGCCCGCAUCUUGGGAAAGACAGACGUUUAGACUAAACAUUCCUUUUUGUACUCCACUGCAUUCCCAAAAUUCACACUCCAAUUUUUAACUCCACCUGAAAUUGAAAGAACUAAAGUGCAAUUAACAUAAUUCUGUGAUUGACGAUUUAUUACAAAUUUAUGCGAAAACCCAUAUACAAAUAAAUGUCUACAUAUGGAGCAUUCCUAA